AUGCACAGUCCCGUUGGUACAUUCUAUGGAUCUGAAUACAGCUUGGGUAACUAUGAUCAAUGUUUGAGUGCACCAACAACUACUGCUGAUCCUAAAAUUGUCACCCAGUACUGUCUAGCUCACAUCACACUGACUGAGAAGGAAUAUGAGAAGAGAGAUCAUGAUGUAUUGGGUGCUACUGAACCUUAUGUAGCUACCAGAACUCCUAUAGGCCGUAACCUGAGCAAAGUGAUAUGGGGAACCUGCCUACCUUCCACCUGCAAGUCUGAUACCAUCUCCAAGAUCCUCAUGGUUAUGUACCAAAUCAACCCCUUAACCCCUUCAGUGCCUAGGGUCACUGUGGAUAUUUGUGAAGCAGCUGAUAAGAUUACGGAGUAUAGUUUUGGAUUUUAUGCUUUCAUGACAUUAAUAACACUACUGGUCGCCACUUCAGCUAUUUCCACAUAUUAUAUUCAGAGCUCGCACACGAAAUCGUCUGUCCACACUGUAGCAUACGCUUUCUCGAUACAACGUAACUGGUCAGCUUUGACAAGAAAAACAAAUGACGACAUAGGAACACUGAACCUUCUCAAAGUGGGUCUUGUAACGUUAUCAGUGGCAACACAUACCGCCUUCUUUGAAGUUAUGGGACCUAUUAGUAAUGGACAGCAUUUUGAUGAUGUAAUGCUAGAAACUAAAAAUCCACUCCUAAAUAAAGUGAAGCAUAUAGAUCUGUCGGUGGACAACUUCCUCAUACUGUCAGGGAUGUUCCUCGUUCAGGGUCUGAUGGCGAAGAACAAGAAACCAUUGGUCGGUCUUGUCAAUCGGUAUUUUAGACUAACCGCUUCAUAUGCAGUAGUAAUAUUUUACGUGUCGUCUGUAGCAAUAUAUACUGGAGCUGGGCCUUUAUGGCAGAAGUUCGCUGGGAGGGAACAACAGGCUUGUGAGAAGAACUGGUGGCUUAAUUUGCUGAUGCUGAAUAAUUAUGUCAAUUCUGAUAAUAUUUGCCUCAUAGUGAGCUGGUACAUCCCAUGUGACUAUCAACUAGCAGUCAUGGGCACCAUAUUAUAUUUGCUAUAUCAGAAGAAAAUCUUUGGAAAGAAGACAGCAGUUCUGACAGUACUGGUGGCUGUUUUAAUUCCAGGAGUUGUCACUUACUGGAAGGAACUGCCUGGAUUUCUUCUGUACCAUGAUUUAGAGGGUAUGUUAGAUAUAAGAAAGAACAAAGUGUACGUGGACACUUACAUCAGGAGCCACAACCGAGCCGGCCCUUACUUCGUCGGGAUGGCCAUGGGAUACAUUAUCACCAAGUACAAACCAAAACAUUAUAGGAAUGUUAUUUCUAAGAAACUAUCCCUCCUACUAUUCACAUUAGCGUGUAUAAUAGCCUACAUAGUGGCCACCCGCCCGCUAUCAUACGUCGGCUUGGAGUACAACCACUUUGAUUCAGCCCUGUACGCAGUGUACAGCAGGAAUCUGUGGGCUAUAGCCACCUGCACUACUAUCGGAAUCAUCGAGUAUGGAGAUGUCGCCAAUCUACGUGGCAUCGCGAACUGGCACGGGUUUGCAGUGCUCAGCCGACUGGCAUAUGGAGUCUACCUGACCCAUUCCAUCAUUCUGCAGCAGAAUCUAUACUCUAGGAGAAAUAUCCAGCAGUUUGACUUGAUAUACUCUGAGGGUCUCCAUGGUUUCGGUAUCCUGGUGAUAUCGGCGGUGUUCUCCCUCCUCCUGUGGCUAUUCGUGGAAGCCCCAUUGAAUAACAUAGUCAACCUGUUUACCAAUUCUGGAUCCAAGAAGCACAUUACCAUUCAAAGAACCGAAGAGAAUGGUGACGCAAAUUCUAAAAUAUCUGACAAAAUAAAAUAA